CGCUCGAUUCCUCAGGUCUGGGUCAGUGCGCCGAGCUCUGCUGGCAGCUGCGCGGCCUGGCGGGCAGGAGGCAGGUCCCGGGGGCGAAGGUCGCGCUGCAGCACAACCUGGGCCUGGGCGGCGCGGCGGUGGUGACCCUGUACGCCAUGGGCUUCCCGGGGGCCGGCAGGACCAACCGUAUUACAUCCGUGCCUCUAAGCACAGCUGUUGAUGGAUUUAAGUCACAUUUGGUCUUCAAAGAGAUUGAAAAGAAGCUCCAAGAGGACGGAGAGCAAUUUGUCAAGAAAAUUGGUGGAGUCUUUGCCUUCAAAAUAAAAGACGGUCCUGAUGGUAAAGAAGCAACUUGGGUAGUAGAUGUGAAAAAUGGUAAAGGGUCUGUGGCAGUUAAUUCAGAUAAGAAGGUGGAUUGUACAAUUACAAUGGCUGACACUGAUCUGUUGGCUCUCAUGACUGGCAAAAUGAAUCCUCAGACAGCAUUCUUUCAAGGCAAAUUGAAGAUCUCUGGGAACAUGGGCAUGGCGAUGAAACUUCAGAAUCUACAACUUCAGCCAGGCAAAGCUAAACUUUGAACUCAUUAGAGUAAACAGUCAGUACCUAAUAUUCCUGACAAAAGAAUGAAACUAGACCUUAUCAAUAAUAUGGGACAGGCUGGGUUUGAUUGGACCUCUCUUACUUAAAUUCUGUGGUUAGAGACCUUAAUUCUCUUAAUAAAUUCCAUCAGUUUCUCUGUGGCAAAGAUUUUUAGGCUAAGCUUGAGGCACUAACUCUUACAUGGGUGGGUAUUAGUGACA